AUGCUCUCCAUCUCAGCCCUCGAACCAGCAGAAAGACACACCAAACCCCUCCCAACACCCACCCCACCAACCACAAAACCACCCCAAUAUGCAAAAUAUCUCUACUUCGCCUAUGGCUCCAACCUCUCCCCAGCCCAAAUGAAAUCCCGCUGUCGCAUAAACCCCACCCACUCCGCCACCCCACUAGCAAUCGCAACCCUCCCACACUGGCGCUGGCUAAUCUGUGAGGCGGGCUACGCAAACGUCCUCCCACGACCGGGUCUGCGCGUCGCAAAUCAAGACUCUGAGACUGCGCAUCAUAUUCCCGUUUCCGGAGCUGAAGACGCGGUCUACGGUGUUCUUUACCAGAUGGACGUUGGUGACGAAAAGAUUCUGGAUGGUUAUGAGGGGGUUGAUACAUGUGCCGCUGGUGCGAAGGAUAGCGAUGGUGUUCCCGUUUCUGUUAGACCUAGGGUGCAGGGAAAUGGGUCUUAUAAUAAGUGGUUUGUUGAGGCGGAUGUUGUGAAGUGGUUGGAUGGGGAGGGAGUGAGGGGGCUUGAGGAUAAGGGAAAGGUGCCAGUUUUGGUUUAUGUUGAUGAGAACUGUAUUAAGCUUGCUGGGCCCAAGUUUGAGUAUAUUGCGAGAAUGAAUCGGGCUAUUCGGGAGUCUGUAGAUUUGGGGGUUCCUAUGGAAUGGGUGGAGGAGGUUAUGAGGAAGUUCAUUCCUAAAGAGUAA